UUUUUAGCAGGGAAGACUAUAAAAUGUAAUGCUCAGUUUUACUGGGAUCCCUUGGCAAGAUGGGUGCCACCAGGGACUUGCUGUGGUUGUUCCUGCUAAAUGCAGCACUCCUGGAUGCCAUCUCACCUAAUCCACACAAAAAUUAUUCUUCCCAAAAAGAUAUCACCAGUGCCACAUCCAGCCUCACUGUCUCUGCUCCUUCAGAUGCCACAGCCAAAGAUCCACCCAAGUACAGGAUGGCCACUCCUUCAGAUGCCACCAUCAGCCUGGUGAACGGCAGGAACCGCUGCGAGGGUCGCGUGGAGAUUUCCCACUCUGGGGGCCGGGGCACUGUCUGUGACGAUGGCUGGGACCUGAGUGAUGCCCAGGUGGUGUGCAGGCAGCUGGGAUGUGGAGCUGCUGUUUCUGCAACAUCAGAGGCCUCCUUUGGACAAGGCAAUGGCAGCAUCUACCUGGACGAUGUGAACUGUGCGGGAUCAGAAUCGUCCCUCUUCCAGUGCGGCCACAAUGGCUGGGGCAGCCACAAUUGUGGCCACCAUGAAGAUGCUGGUGUUGUGUGCUCAGGUGCCACAAGCACAACUACAGACAGCCCCAUCGGCUCCGUUCCUUCAGAUGCCACCAUCAGCCUGGUGAACGGCAGGAACCGCUGCGAGGGUCGUGUGGAGAUUUCCCACUCUGGGGGCCAGGGCACUGUCUGUGACGAUGGCUGGGACCUGAGUGAUGCCCAGGUGGUGUGCAGGCAGCUGGGAUGUGGACCUGCAGUUUCUGCAACAUCAAGGGCCUCCUUUGGACAAGGCAAUGGCAGCAUCUACCUGGACGAUGUGAACUGUGCAGGAUGGGAGUUGUCCCUCUUCCAGUGCAGCCACCGUGGCUGGGGCAGCCACAAUUGCGGCCACCAUGAAGAUGCUGGUGUUGUGUGCUCAGAUGCCUCCACCAUCAGCCUGGUGAACGGCAGGAACCGCUGCGAGGGUCGCGUGGAGAUUUCCCACUCUGGGGGCCGGGGCACUGUCUGUGACGAUGGCUGGGACCUGAGUGAUGCCCAGGUGGUGUGCAGGCAGCUGGGAUGUGGAGCUGCUGUUUCUGCAACAUCAGGGGCCUCCUUUGGACAAGGCAAUGGCAGCAUCUACCUGGACGAUGUGAACUGUGCAGGAUCAGAAUCGUCCCUCUUCCAGUGCGGCCACAAUGGCUGGGGCAGCCACAAUUGUGGCCACCAUGAAGAUGCUGGUGUUGUGUGCUCAGGUGCCACAAGCACAACUACAGACAGCCCCAUCGGCUCCGUUCCUUCAGAUGCCACCAUCAGCCUGGUGAACGGCAGGAACCGCUGCGAGGGUCGCGUGGAGAUUUCCCACUCUGGGGGCCAGGGCACUGUCUGUGACGAUGGCUGGGACCUGAGUGAUGCCCAGGUGGUGUGCAGGCAGCUGGGAUGUGGAGCUGCUGUUUCUGCAACAUCAGGGGCCUCCUUUGGACAAGGCAAUGGCAGCAUCUACCUGGACGAUGUGAACUGUGCGGGAUCAGAAUCGUCCCUCUUCCAGUGCGGCCACCGUGGCUGGGGCAGCCACAAUUGUGGCCACCAUGAAGAUGCUGGUGUUGUGUGCUCAGGUGCCACAAGCACAACUACAGACAGCCCCAUCGGCUCCGUUCCUUCAGAUGCCACCAUCAGCCUGGUGAACGGCAGGAACCGCUGCGAGGGUCGCGUGGAGAUUUCCCACUCUGGGGGCCGGGGCACUGUCUGUGACGAUGGCUGGGACCUGAGCGAUGCCCAGGUGGUGUGCAGGCAGCUGGGAUGUGGAGCUGCUGUUUCUGCAACAUCAGGGGCCUCCUUUGGACAAGGCAAUGGCAGCAUCUACCUGGACGAUGUGAACUGUGCGGGAUCAGAAUCGUCCCUCUUCCAGUGCGGCCACCGUGGCUGGGGCAGCCACAAUUGUGGCCACCAUGAAGAUGCUGGUGUUGUGUGCUCAGGUGCCACAAGCACAACUACAGACAGCCCCAUCGGCUCCGUUCCUUCAGAUGCCACCAUCAGCCUGGUGAACGGCAGGAACCGCUGCGAGGGUCGCGUGGAGAUUUCCCACUCUGGGGGCCGGGGCACUGUCUGUGACGAUGGCUGGGACCUGAGUGAUGCCCAGGUGGUGUGCAGGCAGCUGGGAUGUGGAGCUGCUGUUUCUGCAACAUCAGGGGCCUCCUUUGGACAAGGCAAUGGCAGCAUCUACCUGGACGAUGUGAACUGUGCAGGAUCAGAAUCGUCCCUCUUCCAGUGCAGCCACCGUGGCUGGGGCAGCCACAAUUGUGGCCACCAUGAAGAUGCUGGUGUUGUGUGCUCAGGUGCCACAAGCACAACUACAGACAGCCCCAUCGGCUCCAUUCCUUCAGAUGCCACCAUCAGCCUGGCGAACGGCAGGAACCGCUGCGAGGGUCGCGUGGAGAUUUCCCACUCUGGGGGCCGGGGCACUGUCUGUGACGAUGGCUGGGACCUGAGUGAUGCCCAGGUGGUGUGCAGGCAGCUGGGAUGUGGAGCUGCUGUUUCUGCAACAUCAGGGGCCUCCUUUGGACAAGGCAAUGGCAGCAUCUACCUGGACGAUGUGAACUGUGCAGGAUCAGAAUCGUCCCUCUUCCAGUGCGGCCACAAUGGCUGGGGCAGCCACAAUUGUGGCCACCAUGAAGAUGCUGGUGUUGUGUGCUCAGGUGCCACAAGCACAACUACAGACAGCCCCAUUGGCUCCGUUCCUUCAGGUGAGUCUGAGUUUCUCCUGGGUUUUCUGGCCACUGCUUUCUACAGAGACAAUUCAUGCCUCAGAGUUUGGUAUGCCACCAUCAGCCUGGCGAACGGCAGGAACCGCUGCGAGGGUCGCGUGGAGAUUUCCCACUCUGGGGGCCGGGGCACUGUCUGUGACGAUGGCUGGGACCUGAGCGAUGCCCAGGUGGUGUGCAGGCAGCUGGGAUGUGGAGCUGCUGUUUCUGCAACAUCAGGGGCCUCCUUUGGACAAGGCAAUGGCAGCAUCUACCUGGACGAUGUGAACUGUGCAGGAUCAGAAUCGUCCCUCUUCCAGUGCGGCCACCGUGGCUGGGGCAGCCACAAUUGUGGCCACCAUGAAGAUGCUGGUGUUGUGUGCUCAGGUGCCACAAGCACAACUACAGACAGCCCCAUCGGCUCCGUUCCUUCAGAUGCCACCAUCAGCCUGGUGAACGGCAGGAACCGCUGCGAGGGUCGCGUGGAGAUUUCCCACUCUGGGGGCCGGGGCACUGUCUGUGACGAUGGCUGGGACCUGAGUGAUGCCCAGGUGGUGUGCAGGCAGCUGGGAUGUGGAGCUGCUGUUUCUGCAACAUCAGGGGCCUCCUUUGGACAAGGCAAUGGCAGCAUCUACCUGGACGAUGUGAACUGUGCGGGAUCAGAAUCGUCCCUCUUCCAGUGCGGCCACCGUGGCUGGGGCAGCCACAAUUGUGGCCACCAUGAAGAUGCUGGUGUUGUGUGCUCAGGUGCCACAAGCACAACUACAGACAGCCCCAUCGGCUCCGUUCCUUCAGAUGCCACCAUCAGCCUGGCGAACGGCAGGAACCGCUGCGAGGGUCGCGUGGAGAUUUCCCACUCUGGGGGCCGGGGCACUGUCUGUGACGAUGGCUGGGACCUGAGCGAUGCCCAGGUGGUGUGCAGGCAGCUGGGAUGUGGAGCUGCUGUUUCUGCAACAUCAGGGGCCUCCUUUGGACAAGGCAAUGGCAGCAUCUACCUGGACGAUGUGAACUGUGCGGGAUCAGAAUCGUCCCUCUUCCAGUGCGGCCACCGUGGCUGGGGCAGCCACAAUUGUGGCCACCAUGAAGAUGCUGGUGUUGUGUGCUCAGGUGCCACAAGCACAACUACAGACAGCCCCAUUGGCUCCGUUCCUUCAGGUGAGUCUGAGUUUCUCCUGGGUUUUCUGGCCACUGCUUUCUACAGAGACAAUUCAUGCCUCAGAGUUUGGUAUGCCACCAUCAGCCUGGCGAACGGCAGGAACCGCUGCGAGGGUCGCGUGGAGAUUUCCCACUCUGGGGGCCGGGGCACUGUCUGUGACGAUGGCUGGGACCUGAGCGAUGCCCAGGUGGUGUGCAGGCAGCUGGGAUGUGGAGCUGCUGUUUCUGCAACAUCAGGGGCCUCCUUUGGACAAGGCAAUGGCAGCAUCUACCUGGACGAUGUGAACUGUGCAGGAUCAGAAUCGUCCCUCUUCCAGUGCGGCCACCGUGGCUGGGGCAGCCACAAUUGUGGCCACCAUGAAGAUGCUGGUGUUGUGUGCUCAGGUGCCACAAGCACAACUACAGACAGCCCCAUCGGCUCCGUUCCUUCAGAUGCCACCAUCAGCCUGGUGAACGGCAGGAACCGCUGCGAGGGUCGCGUGGAGAUUUCCCACUCUGGGGGCCGGGGCACUGUCUGUGACGAUGGCUGGGACCUGAGUGAUGCCCAGGUGGUGUGCAGGCAGCUGGGAUGUGGAGCUGCUGUUUCUGCAACAUCAGGGGCCUCCUUUGGACAAGGCAAUGGCAGCAUCUACCUGGACGAUGUGAACUGUGCGGGAUCAGAAUCGUCCCUCUUCCAGUGCGGCCACCGUGGCUGGGGCAGCCACAAUUGUGGCCACCAUGAAGAUGCUGGUGUUGUGUGCUCAGGUGCCACAAGCACAACUACAGACAGCCCCAUCGGCUCCGUUCCUUCAGAUGCCACCAUCAGCCUGGCGAACGGCAGGAACCGCUGCGAGGGUCGCGUGGAGAUUUCCCACUCUGGGGGCCGGGGCACUGUCUGUGACGAUGGCUGGGACCUGAGCGAUGCCCAGGUGGUGUGCAGGCAGCUGGGAUGUGGAGCUGCUGUUUCUGCAACAUCAGGGGCCUCCUUUGGACAAGGCAAUGGCAGCAUCUACCUGGACGAUGUGAACUGUGCGGGAUCAGAAUCGUCCCUCUUCCAGUGCGGCCACAAUGGCUGGGGCAGCCACAAUUGUGGCCACCAUGAAGAUGCUGGUGUUGUGUGCUCAGGUGCCACAAGCACAACUACAGACAGCCCCAUCGGCUCCGUUCCUUCAGAUGCCACCAUCAGCCUGGUGAACGGCAGGAACCGCUGCGAGGGUCGCGUGGAGAUUUCCCACUCUGGGGGCCGGGGCACUGUCUGUGACGAUGGCUGGGACCUGAGCGAUGCCCAGGUGGUGUGCAGGCAGCUGGGAUGUGGAGCUGCUGUUUCUGCAACAUCAGGGGCCUCCUUUGGACAAGGCAAUGGCAGCAUCUACCUGGACGAUGUGAACUGUGCAGGAUCAGAAUCGUCCCUCUUCCAGUGCGGCCACCGUGGCUGGGGCAGCCACAAUUGUGGCCACCAUGAAGAUGCUGGUGUUGUGUGCUCAGGUUCUGAAAGCAUUACUACAGAAAUCCCCACCAUCUCUGCUUCUUCAGCUGCCACAAGCACAGCCCUUGCUACAAAUCCUCCAGGUCAAAAAGUUACUUGUGGUGAUAUACUUUUUAAGUCCUCUGGAACAUUCCAGAGUCCUUCUUUGAACCCUUCAGAUAAAGCAGAUUGUUUGUGGCAAAUACAUGUAACAGACAAUUUCCUCAUUGCACUCUCAUUUGAUAACAUUCAAUUGCAAGGUGGAUGCCAGAAUGAGUAUAUUGAGAUCUAUGAUGGGCCACCCAAAUCUUCUCCUCUACUUGGAAGAAUUUGUUCUAGUUCUCAUCUCACAUACACCUCAUCUUCAAACUUCAUGUCUGUGAGAUUUUACAGUGACUCCAGAUAUUCCAGUGGAAGUUUUAGGGCUCAGUAUCAGUCCUUUCCAGCAGACCAGAACACCACCCUUCUGUGCUUGCCAACCUACAUGUAUGCAGUGGUAGACAGACACUAUCUCCAGUCCCAGGGCUACUCAGUGGAAAGCAUCAGCCUGGCAGACCCUGAGUGUAGACCAAAAAUUACAUCAACCGAGGUUAUAUUCAACAUUUCAUACAGCCACUGUGGUACAAGUAGACAGGGCAACAACGAAACAAUCACCUACUCCAACGUGAUUAAAGUGCCUGCUCCUGGCAAAGUCAUCAAGAGGCAAAAGGAUCUUCACUUGCAUAUCAGCUGCAAAAUGCUGCAGAACACCUGGGUUCAGGUCAUGUACAUUGCUGACGAUGUCAUUGAUGUCAACAAAACCCAGUAUGGCAGAUACGACGUGAGCCUGACGUUCUACAACUCCUCAUCUUUCCAGUGGCCAGUGCAUGACUUCCCUUACUAUGUUGACAUGAAUCAGAAUUUGUUCCUCCAAGCUUCUCUUCACAGCUCUGAUCAAAAUCUGACCGUGUUUGUGGACACCUGUGUGGCAUCGCCUAAUUCUAGUGAUUUUAAAACACUGGUCUAUGAAUUGAGCAAGAGUGGGUGUGCUAGUGACCCUAGCUACGCUCUCUUCCCCUCGCCACACAGCGACGUCGCUUGGUUCGGGUUUAACGCAAAGAGAGGCUGUGAUAGUGCUUCUGCUCCUGAGAAGCUGUGACUUAAUAGCUAAUCUGUUGAU